AUCAGUCUUAGUUCGGACUUUGAUGGUUAAACACGUGGAGCUGUCAAUGCCAAGUUGAUUUUUACGAUUGCAGUUUUUAUUUACUCGUAACCUUUUAAAGUGACAGUGAAGUGGGAUACUUUUUAGCGAUGGAUUAAUUGUUUUAAGUGUCGCCGCUUUUCUUGGAUUACUAUAAAAGACUGUGCGAAUAUACGACUUGAUUGAAAAUGCCGAAAAUAUUUUUAAUCAAAAAUCGACUCCAUCAGCAACAGCUGCGGCUUUUGGAGUCUCAAAAUGCAGCAACGACCAAAUCCGGAGAUAUUCUUUACAGUGGAGGAGAGCCGCAGCCACUAUCUCUCAUCGUUCAUAAGAAAGAAGACCGCGAAAAAGAAGGAAACAGAGACAAAAAACAGACCUCUUUAAGUGACGAUGAGGACAGUUCCGCAAAGAAAGAAUCCGUUCCACCUAGACGUUUUAUAUCUUCGAUAUUAGGAGGCGACGUUCCCUACGGCAGCCGUGGACACGUAUUGACAAGAGCGGAAAGAAAAGAGUACCCGCCGCUAGUUCCACCAGAUAAAUUGGUACUUCCUAGCGUCAAAGAGCCAUCUCAAACACCAUCCCCUCAAAAUUUGGCCCCAGUAAGAUGUUCGGUGAUACAACGCACACCAAAAACGAGCAAACGAGAAGAAGAUAACGAUACAAGGAUACCCACUCACAUAGCAAUUCAGGAACCCGAACAAGAUCAACCUAUCGACUAUCACAUACCGAAGCGUCGCGGCGAAACCGAAGAUGAAAACGAGGAGCGCAAAAAUCGGGAACAGCGACGAAGCCAUUGCUCAAGAUUUAAUAAACCCCUUAUAUCCGUACGCGCCCUUAUCGGAAAACUUCCAGUGACAAUGUCCGCGGCCGCCGGUCACGGGCGCGGUAGUAGUGGGGCGCAAAGUAACAAUAAUCAAGCUUCUGGAAGUAGUUCUGGUGGUAGUGGUUCCAUAAACUUUUCCGGCGGAACUUCGGGGUCAUCGGGAGGGGGAUCGGUGAGCGGUGGUAGCGGUAACGGCGGUAUGAAUCCCGGGCGAGACGGGCGCCAAACGUACGGGCCUAGUAGUCCGCCAACCGGAAGCCUUCCUCCAUUCUACGAGUCGCUCAAAAGUGGAAACGCAAUCUCGAAUAACUACAAUUCAAAUAAUAGCUGUAAUCAGUUGAACAUCCCUAUACACAUGGAUUGCGACACUGGACAAGAAUUAGUCAAUUUAAACAUGAAUGGUGCACAAAACUCCCCGAAACAAUAUUCAAUGCUUCAAAACGCUUCAUACGGAUUAGUAAUGAAAGACGAAUCAGAUAUAGAUUCCUACGAUACCAAAAUAGACCCCAUGGGGAAUUUACUUCCAAACUCCUACUCAGUAUAUGACGACUCGAUGAUGGUCGACAUGGUGACGGGAGCAGUAGUUGACCCUCUCCAAUUCACCGCAACCCUCACGUUUUCAAGUUCGGCAGAACACGCUUUGUUAGAAAGCCUAUCGGACGCCGCCGAUUUAUCAACAUUUUUACAACGACUUCCUAACGAAGAAAACGAUAACGACGAAAUCAUCACAAACGAAAUGCAUUCGCCGUCGAUUACUCCCGAUUCCCAUCUCCAAAACGUAGACCACAACAUGGAUUCGUUCUCUGAUCAACUCCUAAACAGAAACUACGACAAUCGAGGCUAUCAACACCAAUUCGGAAAACUGUACCCCGACUCCCUUCCGUCCUAUCAACCGACCGUGAACACCGACGUUCAAAUGCAAAUUCAGCAGCAAAUGCUAUCGCCCAGUUUAUCGUUUAACGGAAACGGAAUCGAUUUAGACUCACCAACGGCGGUCUCAAUGCCAUCACCCGGCGCGGCGAGCUGUUCGUUAGAAAGUCAAAAUGACAGCAGUUCUCUUAGUCCUCCAGCAAGUAUCAGCAGUAGACGAGAAUCGUCUAGUAGUGAACCUCCUUCAUUACAAGGCAGAGUCAACCUUUUACAACAAAGGUUGGGAUUACCAUCAGAAGUGCAAUUAGAGUUUGUAAAUGGCGGACAUGGAAUAAAAAAUCCCUUAGCAAGUCAAGAUCCGGUUAGGCCGAGAACGGAAGAAAAAGUUAAGGUGACUUCAAUUACCAAUGACGAUGGAACUUCCACGUUUUGUUGCCGGAUUUGUAACAAAAGUUUUGGUCUGCAGCGUCUCUUAAACAGACAUAUGAAGUGUCAUUCUGACAUCAAAAGAUACCUCUGCACUUUCUGUGGGAAGGGCUUCAACGAUACAUUCGACUUAAAAAGGCAUACACGGACGCAUACUGGUGUAAGACCAUACAAGUGCAACCUAUGCGAAAAGUCGUUUACCCAGCGAUGUUCACUCGAGUCUCACUGUCUGAAGGUCCACGGCGUCCAACACCAGUACGCGUACAAAGAACGAAGGACCAAAAUGUACGUCUGCGAGGAAUGCGGACAUACAACGAACGAACCGGAAGUACACUACUUACAUUUAAAAGACAAGCACCCCUAUAGUCCUGCUCUUUUAAAAUUUUACGACAAAAGACAUUUUAAAUUUACAAAUUCAAAUUUCGCCAACAUGUUGUUGCAAGUGCGUACGUAAGAUUUGAUUAAUACCGUUGACAUUACCUUAUACCGUCCAGGAAAAAGUAAAACAGUAAAUGUUCAAAAAAUACUAGUUUGUCUCCACAUUUUUCCCAGUUCUUUUUUUUAAUAAUCUUUGCUAGUUUGUCAAAAUUAUUUAUUACCUGAUUUCUAGCGAUGGAGGGAGAGACAAACAUUUCUUCUGUGAUAAUUUGAACUGAAAAGAAGUACCUUACAUCAUAAUUGUAACGCCUUUGAUGGAGCCUUACUUUCAUACUUAAAAUUUUUUGUAUUACCUACACAUAUUUGUAGUUAUAACAGGAUAUAUCCAUAAUUGUUGCAAAUAUCAACAAAUCAAUAUAAAAUCGGGUUUUCUGUGCAAUGAGGUGACAGGUAUAUGGGGUUACUACAUUAAGUUAAUCUAGUUUAAAGUCUGAAGUUGUAGAAAGAAUGGAACGAAGUUAGAAUUUAGAAAAAAAACUUAAUAUCGGGAAUCUUAAUUCGUCACAGUUCUAUAUUACAAAAUGUAAAGGUUUUGGGCAAUGAAAUAUUUUCUAAACUUUAACACGUUCCUUAUAAACUAUUCUGGUGCUUCAUAGAUUGUAAAUCACUAUGCGGUGCUGCAGGAUGAUUAGUUCUCUACCGUAUGUAUUAUUAUUUUAGAAAAGCUUGUUUUAUACUUGUGAUUUAUCUUGUACUUAAUGUUUUUAUUACGCUUUUACAACGAAUAUUUUAAUUUUGCAAUACCUACACAAUGAGACACAUUCUUCUUUUCGAUUCUUACUGUUCUUGUUAAUCUUGAAUGCAUCUGUAAAAAUAUGACAAAAUAUAUUAUUUUUACAUAUGCUGUGUGGAUAAUGUUGUAUAUAAGUUAGUGUUAAGUACUUUUCUAUUCCGAACGUUGGAUUAUGGUUCAACCUUGUUUGUAUGACUUAGCCAGUACCUAAUUUAAAGUUUAAUCUAUCGAAUACUUCUUUUUUACAACACAGUAUUUUUAGUGUACAUUUUAUUUAAAUUAUGACUCUGACUGUAUUUUCUUAGUUGAUCAAUUUCGAUGAUAUUUUUACAUCACCUUAAGAUCAUAACGUAGCUGUAAGCAUAUUUUAAAAAUGCAUCUUUCCCACAACAUACGUAAAGUUUUUUUUUAAUGUAAAUCAUUCAUGGCUACAUCACUGACACAUUUACA